AUGUCCACGUCCAAAUGUGCCAUCCGCAGUCUCGAGUUUGGUUUUGUCAUUGGUGCUGCUGCCCCGACAGGCGUCAUCAAAGCAACUAAGAAGGUAACAGAGCUUCUGCCUUCUUGGGUUGAGAAAACGUUUAUUAUCCGUGCUGCAAAUCUCGAGAGCGACUUAGAAGUGAUAGCGCUGUUUAGGUGCUAG